UUGCAUUGGAAGUUUAUCUAUAUCCCUAUUUUUUUAGGUUUAUUAGCAACUGUUGUUGGAUUUAGUGUUGGAGUGGCAUUCUUUCCUUGGUCACAAUACGAUACUUCCUUUGACGCCAUCGGUUGGUGCCUUAUCGAUUCAAUCGAUCUUACUAGGCUUUUUAAGGAUUUUGGAAAGUUAGAAAGGAAAAACUGA